AUGGGGGUUAUACACCUCUUCACUUGGCAACUCAGUUUGGCAGACAAAACAUCUAUGAACUUCUUUGGAAUGUAUACAAGGCCAAUCGUGACAUUAUGGAUUGGAGUGGCAACAAGCCGUUGGAUUAUAGUCGUCAACGACCGAGCGUCUCAGCCUCAACCUGUAGUAAAAUCAAAGCGAGAAAAAAGCAAACAAUCGAAAAAAGAUUUGGGCUUCCUGCGGAUUGGAUCGCUGAAUGUUCGAGUAAAGAAAACCACAGAAGCCUUCAGCAACUUCUUGGGAGUGGGCAAUGGCAGUGGAAUGAAUCCGUAUGGCCAUGGGGCGGCAACCGAAGCCACUCGCCAUCACCAGCGAACUCACCGUCACCCUCAUCAGCGUCAUCAUCAUCCUGUCAAUGGUACGACACGGGAUCAUCGAAUCUCUCAGAAUCAGAGAGCAUCGGCGACUGUACCCUACGGGAUGAAUAACAUCCUUGGCUCCCGUUCGAGUGUGCCCAUCAACCACAAUAUCUACGAUGCUGUGCACAAAUCCUGGGGCUCAGCUGACAAUAUCACACAACGCUCAGAGAAUCUAAUGCCACCACCAAAGUCGGUGGACUUUAUAUCGAAACGUUAUAGAUCCUCGAAACGUUCGUCAUAUGCUUCGAAUGCGACUGAUUCACCACGAGACUCGAUCUGCUCGUCCAAUUCCAGUUCCAAUCUUAACUCCGGCUACAGCAGCAUGCCCACGACUCCCAAUCAAAUACGUGCACCCAAAACUAUUGGUGGCGCAUCCUUGACAGCUGAUUCCGAUUCAGAUUCAGCUUGUGGCUUUGACUCCAAUUGGUCAGUCAAUGGACGAAACUCAAUGAAACCUUAAUGUUCUAAAAAGAAAAAGUAACAUUCGCAUUUUUUUUUAAUCUUACAAAUCUAUAAUAUUAAGUUUGAAUCUCUUGAGAAAUUGACGAUUACUAAAAUAAAUCAAUUGAAUAUUGUACUGUCUGUAGAUUCUAUUUCAUUAUAAUCAUUAUUAUCACGUACGGAAUUCAUUAACAAUUAUAUAGUGUUACGAAGAGCAGUUCAAUGCCACAUUGAAUUCAAAUCUUUCAUUAAUAAGGAUUUAAAAAAAAAAUAUCAGUUGAAUGAAAAUUAAAUAUUUUUAUAAAAUAACCUUUUAGAAAAAUGGCGAUUACAAUCAUUUGAGUUGUGAGUAA